AUGUCUUGGAGCGGGUUCAAGAAGAAUGUUGGGCGUGCGACGACGCAGGUGAUGAUGAAGGCGGGGCGGGUGGAGAAGACGACCGAUCGCGAAUACGAAGUGGAAGAGCGCCGCUUCCGAAACCUCGAAUCCUCCGCCAACCGCCUGCAAAAAGAAGCCAAGGGAUACCUCGACAGUCUCCGAGCCAUGACCGCGUCGCAGAUGCGCAUUGCCGAAACCAUCGACGCCUUCUACGGUGAUUCCGGCGCUCGCGACGGCGUGAGCAGAAGUUACAAACAGGCGGUGGAAGACCUGGAUGCAGAGACGGUCAAAGCGUUGGAUGGGCCGUACAGGACAACGGUUCUGGAACCCAUCAACCGCUUUUGCGCCUACUUUCCCGACAUCAACGAGUGCAUUAAGAAGCGCAAUCACAAAAUGCUCGACUACGACGCUCUCCGGAGUAAAGUAAGGUCGCUGACGGAGAAGCCGGACAAGGAUCCCGGCAAGUUGCCGCGGACGGAGAAAGAAUUGGAAAUGGCGAAAGCGGUGUAUGAGCAGUUGAACGACCAGUUGACGACAGAGUUGCCGCAACUCAUUGACCUGAGAGUCCCCUACCUUGACCCCUCCUUCGAAGCUCUAGUGAAGAUCCAGCUCCGGUUUUGCGCAGAGGCGUACAGCCGUAUGGCGCAAGUGCAGCAAUACCUUGACGCCGGCACACGAGACCAGUACGCGAAUGGCGACCUCGAUGCAAGGGUGGAGGACGUGCUGGGCCAGAUACGGGAGCUGAGUAUUGCUGGAACGGUGUAG